AAGUGCCCUGUAGGCAGGAAGGGGGUAGAAGUGCCCGGUAGGCAGGAAGGGGGUAGAAGUGCCCGGUGGGCAGGAAGGGGGGUAGAAGUGCCCUGUAGGCAGGAAGGGGGUAGUAAGUGCCCGGUGGGCAGGAAGGGGGUAGUAGAAGUGUCGAUAGGCAGGAAGGGGGGUAGAAGUGUCCUGUAGGCAGGAAGGGGGGUAGAAGUGCCCGGUAGGCAGGAAGGGGGUAGAAGUGCCCGGUAGGCAGGAAGGGGGUAGAAGUGCCCGGUAGGCGGGAAGGGGGUAGAAGUGCCCGGUAGGCAGGAAGGGGGUAGAAGUGCCC